AUGGCGCAGCCCGUGGCAUUCGGUGACACCCACUAUAAUAAUCAUGAUAAAAACGUCCACUCCUUCUGCUACUAUAACUGUGCUGUUCCCAAGGCGCCGGAGUUUGCCUCCGGACAUCUGGAAACAGAAUCCCAAAGUGUAAACAUGCACCUGAAGUCCAGGGUAGCCACGGGCCUCGAUCCCAGGAAGGGGAUGGAGGGAUUCUACAGUUCCCCGCCCCGGGCAGCGUCACCUAGCAGCAGCGACCCCAAGGGACCCCCCGGUCUGUCACCCUCGACUCCGGCUCCUUACCGUGUGCGCCCCGCGCAUUUGGCUGUCCGUGGCCGCCCGGACCCAGGGACCCCACUUCUCGGAGGCGACCCAGAGAGGACGUGUGUCCCCUCUCCGGAGCGACCUGGGGUCGGAGAGAGCCAGGCACGGGUCCGAGGCGCGCUCCGGAGAGGCGCCCGCGGCAGAGCAGGCACUGGCGCAAGGUUGCUCCAGCCCGGGGCCGGCACGCGGGGCGCGGAGCCGUGGCCCGCGGCGCCCAACAGCAGCGCGGCCACGGCCACCAGCAGCGGCGCGGCGCCGCCCCCCGCCGGCCCCCGGCGCCCAUGGCUGGGGUCCCGACGGAUCAGAGCGCGCGGCGCCGGCCCGCGAGGGUCGUGCUCCGAGGUGGCCGCCCGAGGGGCGCUGGGGGCGCGUCCUUUUCUUCCACGCCCGCGGCCCUCGGGUCGCAGCCCCCGCCCGGGAGGCUCCUUGAAUCAGCCGCCGGAGGGGCGCGCGGCCUCGGCCGCUACAAAUCCGGCGGCGCGGCUCGGCGGAGGCGGCCCCGACCCCGGGCUACUGAUGCCGUAG